GCGAACUGACUUCACCACUGUAAACUGGAGGAGAGAUUGGCUAGGACCAAAACACCAAAACAACCCUCCGCGUAAAUAACUCGUGUUUGUAGAGUAUUCCGCUAAUGACUGAAAAAGAGGAGAAUAUGGACGCCUCUGAUAUCCAUGACAGUGCGCCAAAAACAAAGAAGAAUGGACGAACCUCGUUGCUGGACAGCGGGGAGGACUUUGAGGUUUUAGAUGAUGAGGACAUUGACGACGACCCCCCUCCUCUGGAAGACGCUGGGGGAGGGAAAGGGGAAAACACAGAUGAGUCUCACAAGAUAAAUGCAGUCACAGAACCAGACCCUCCAGGUCACCUUGAUGAAUGGCUGGAUGUUUUAGGUAAUGACCAGCUAAAGAAAAAAGUCCUGGAGGCAGGGGACGGGCGGGACAGUCGGCCACAGAAAGGACAGAAUGUCAAGAUUCAUCUUAAGACCUACUUGAAGGACGGGGCACUGGUAGAGGAGCAGUCUGACCUCACAUUCACUCUGGGAGACGGUGAUGUUAUCCAUGCUCUUGAUCUCACAGUGCAGCUCAUGGAAAUGGGAGAGAAGGCUCUCAUCCAGACAGAUGCAAAAUAUGCUUAUGGUACCCGUGGGAGUCUUGAACCUGAGGUCCCCCCCAAUACUGAGCUCUCCCUAGAAGUGGACCUGCUGGAAGCUACUGAUGCUCCAGAUCUGGAGUUGUUGCCCCCUGCAGAAAAGAUAUCCCUUGCCAGCCAUAAGAGAGAGAGGGGCAACGUUCAUUAUCAGCGUGGGGACUAUGCUUUUGCUGUUAACUCGUAUAGCAUUGCCCUGCAGAUAACAGAGUCGAGUUCUAAAGUCGACAUUAGUCCUGAGGAGGAGAAUGAACUGAUGGAUGUGAAAGUAAAAUGUUUGAACAACAUGGCUGCUUCUCAGCUGAAACUGGACCACUAUGAUGCAGCACUUAAAUCUUGUGUCUCAGCUCUGGCGCACCAGCCAGAGAACAUAAAAGCACUUUUCCGUAUGGGCAAGGUUUUGGCCUUGCAAGGUGAAUACACAGAAGCCAUUCAAACUUUGAGGAAGGCACUGAAAUUGGAACCAAGCAACAAGACUAUCCACGCAGAGCUCUCCAAGCUGGUGAAGAAGCACUCAGAGCAGAGAGGGGCAGAGCAGGCCAUGUAUAAGAAGAUGCUGGGUAAUCCCACCAGUGGCAGCAGCAACAUACAGAAACACCGGGCAAAAUCUUCAUGGGGUCUCAGCUGGAAGUGGCUAUUCGGUGCCACUGCAGUAGCCAUUGGCGGUGUAGCAUUAUCUGUUGUCAUAGCUGCUAGAAAUUGAACCAAGCCUGUGGUGAUGGCCUGACCAAGCCCCUGCAAUGUGAUAGCCUAAACACAGAAGCACAUCUGGCAGUGCCUUCUGACCUUUGGUCAAAGGGGGUGGAAAUGUCAGUCGGUCAGUUGCCUCUUGAGUCGUCACUCUCCUUUCUCUGCUAUGUUUGAGAAGUAUAUGUGACAAAUUAGUAAAACAUCAAUAUUUGCAUAUGGGAAAUGUAUUUCCAACCUAAUAAAUAUGUAGGGUUAUUCAUAUCUGUCACAUUGCCAGACACUGUUUUCUUUUGCUGCCAUUGUUUUUUGUCUUGGGUAGUUGAUGUUGGAAAUUGAUUAUUUGAUCAUCGAAAUGAAAAAUAAUUUACCACAGAUAGAAGCUAUUUAUAAAAUAUUUUUCCCAUAAUAGAUUCAUUGUGAUAUUGUCCUAUGUUAUGCUAUAGUUUUAAAUUGUCAGAUUGUGCAGUUAAAUUAAUACUUCCUAUUCAAGAGAGAACACGUGAUUCCACUUUGUUUUAUAGUACAAUGUUUAAUGUUAACUGGUGUAAUGCAGAUGCUCUAUUUUUUGAGGUUCACACACUGGCGACAUACUUUUCUUGUGUUCUAGCUCUCUCACUCUUUUUAAAGCCUGUACUCAUCCACUAAGUGACCAGAAAAAUAUAAGCACAUACAAUGAAAUGCAAGAUAUUCCACCUUAAAGUUUUCAGUUUUUGUUGACGCAAUUUCUGUACUUGUUUGCCUGUUCAAUCCGUUCCAUGGUGUGUAUUUAGACUGAGGUCUGUGCUGGUGUUACACUGAAAGGUGUUACUAGAUUUGUAUCCACCUUAUUAACAUACACAGAGGAGCAAAAACAUUUGACAGACCUCACAACAUAAUGUAGUUAAAUGAAAGAACAACAAACUGCAGCCUCAAAAAGUACCAUUGAAUUGAUUCAUCACUUUCUGACAGUGUCGUCAACAAUAAACAAACAGUAGUUUAUAAAUAUACACGACUGCUGUAUUGGAUUGGAAUUCAAUGUUUCUAUACUCUUGGUCACUUGUGUAUACGUACAUAAAAGCAUCAGCUAAACUAGAUAUACUGUACUUUCUGUUCAGCAUUUCUUAAAUCACUAAUUUCAUUUUGAUAAAGGUAAAGUUAUCAUCUUUGAAACAAGGGCAGAGAAUGAUACAUGGAUUUCCUCAGUGAUGUGGCUAUGAACAAUGAUUAAGGAAAGUUUAUUUUUAUCAUCAAAUUCCUGUCAAUUACACCACAAUCUUUAAUGAUCAAGACCAAAUGUUGAAAGAUGACCCUUUAAGAAUAAUGCUGGGUGUAUGUGUGUUUUUUUUUCUCUCCUACAUUUUUUGCCUGUGAAGUUUAACUUAAAUUAUGCUCUGUUAGGUGUUUAUUUAUUACACUUUUUUGUUCUUACAUACAGUAAAUGUGACACCACUGAAUCUGUGGCUUCUUCAGGGUAGUUGGUUGUCCUAUAGAGCCAAAAGUUACAUAAACUCUGGAUGACAAACGAAUUGAUCAUAAAAGUUCCUAGCAUUCCCUGCAUUUGUUAAUUUUAUAUCCAUCACAAUAAAAGUUGU